GGUAGUCCGUACUCCGUGCCAGUGCUCAGUCAGUCUCGAUUCACAACGUUGGCCGGCCCGUCGUUGGUUAUUUACCGACACCGUGUUCCUCGUGCGUCCGCCGCGAGUUCGUCCGUUCGUUUCACGUGCACUACUCGUUUCGUUUGCCCAGUUCGAUUGGCCGUUUAGCGGUUUGUUCGUGGCGAGUGUGUGGCGCGUUUUGAUUUUUAUAUUAUACAACAAGUUGUGUCCCCGAGUGAUCCGGAUAAUAGGCAGCCUUUUUUUUCUUUAAUUUUCUGUUCACUACAAUAUUCGGUUUUUUACCGAAUCGCAUUGACUUUGUUAUAUGUGCGAUUCGUUGCGACCUCCACAUCCGCAAUGAACGGCGGCCGCGUGGCCAAGCGGCUGCUGGCCGUCGUGCUGGCGUUGGGCACGGUGGCCACGCUGGGCCUUUACUACAACGGGUCUACGGUCCGGUUGGACGACCGACGUCCAAGGCCGGCGUCGGCCGCCGAGUGGACGCAACCCGGGAGGCCCGAAGCCCUCCGGCAGGCCGUGGACGCCGCCGGCGACGAAACGUCGGCAGCCGACACACAAAAACGGCGGUUCGGACAACUGCAGCCGCUGGCGUCCGCUUUUGUCGACAAAGACACUUGUCCUGAAAUCGGAUACGCCGACACCAACAUAGACACCGUAGCGCAGUUUUCUCGGUUCGAGUUCCAGCCUUAUUGGAUGAAGAGCCGAGAGUUUUGGGACGACGGCUUUGAACAGCGAUACAAACAAGUGCUCAAAGAUACCGCCAAUGGUUCGAAUUUCCCACUUAAAGUCAUAGUGGUGCCACACUCGCACAACGAUCCGGGAUGGCUAAAGACUUACGAGGGCUACUAUCACUCGCAGACCAGAAACAUCCUGAACAACAUGGUCGACAAAUUGGCAAUGUUCAAAAACAUGACGUUCAUAUGGUCGGAAAUAUCAUUCUUGUCGCAGUGGUGGGAAAGUGCACACCCCAGCAAGAGGAAAGUGAUCCGAAGAUUGUUGGCCGAAGGACGGUUGGAGAUCACGACCGGCGGAUGGGUGAUGACGGACGAGGCAACAUCGCACAUUUACGGCAUGCUGGAUCAAAUGAUCGAAGGACAUCAAUGGGUGAAGAAUAAUCUGGGCGUUAAAGUCAAAACCGGUUGGUCAGUGGACCCUUUUGGACAUGGACCCACGGUGCCUUAUCUGUUAAAACAGUCCGAAGUCACUGGUGGCACGGUCAUCCAGCGCAUACAUUACGUAUGGAAAGAAUGGCUGGCUCGCACACGAAACGGGCACUUCUUCUGGAGACAAAACUGGGACCGAAGCGGACACACUGACACACUGGUGCAUAACCUACCGUUCGACAUAUACUCGAUAAAACACUCAUGUGGACCUCAUCCUCAGGUGUGCUUGAACUUCGAUUUCCGAAAAAUACCCGGCGAGUACACGGAGUACUCGCUUCGAGCCGUGCCCAUCGACGAGCAGAACAAGCGACAAAAGGCCGAUCUGCUGAUGGAACAGUACGGUCGGACGGGUUCGGUGUCGCCGUACAACGUGGCGCUGAUCCCGUUGGGUGACGACUUCCGGUACGAACAAGAAAUGGAAUGGGACCAACAGUACAGGAACUACAAGCGACUGUUCGAUUUCAUUAACGCUAAUAAGGAGCGGUACCACGGUGCUGAAGUCGGGUUCGGUACACCGUCUGACUUCUUUAAGGCACUGCGAGAACGCAGUGGCGAUCGCUUUAGUACUUUGCGCGGUGACUUUUUCGUAUACAGCGAUAUAUUCUCGGAGGGUAGGCCAGCCUACUGGAGUGGUUACUACACCAGUCGGCCGUACUGGAAGGUGUUGGACAGAGAGUUGGAAGCCAACCUCAGAGCGUCGGAGAUACUGUUCACGUUAGCCGUGAACGACGCCAGACGCAAACGGCUCAACGAUACGGUGAAACUGUUGGAGCGUGACUAUGAGAAACUGACUAAGGCCCGGCAGAACCUAGCUCUCUUCCAACACCACGACGCCAUCACCGGUACGUCCAAGGCGUUUGUCAUGAACGACUACGCGCUCAAGUUGUUCGAGGGCAUUCAGGACUGCGCGUUCGUCCAAAGCUUCGCGGCUCAGUGCUUGUUGGCCCGGGACGAGGCGGGCGCUUCGCCUUCGGCCAAAAUCAUUAUACCCGACAGCGAUCGGCAAUCGUACGACAAACCCACAUACAGGCUGGCUCUUAACUUGGACAAGACCAAACCGCGAAACGUCGUGGUGUUCAACUCGCAUGCUCGUCGCAGGUCUGAGCCCAUCAGGAUCCUGUUGUCGGAGCCCAAUGUCCGCAUAGUGGACAGCGACGGCGUGGCCGUCAAGCAUCAGAUCAACCCUGUGUGGAACGUCAGCAAGACCGACGAACCGCUGUCCAUCUCUAAAGUGUGCUUCGAGCUGCUGUUCUUCGCAGUGCUCGAGCCACUCAGUCUAACUACGUUCACGGUACACCGUGCCCCCAACCCCGAGGGUCUGUCCUCGGUGUACUGUAAGAACUGUGCUGGCCACUCGGCGUUCUCCGUCAAGCCCAUGCGGUUGGGCGACAUUCAGUUGGAAAACGCGCACGUGCAAGCGCUGUUCGAUGGCAAGACCGGACUGCUCCGCAAGAUUGUUGACAAGAAUACGGGCGCUUCGCAAUACGUCAACGUCGACUUCGCGGCGUACCAGUCGGCGCAGUUCCACAGCGGUGCAUACCUGUUCAUGCCGGAUCCGAACCUGAGGGAUACCGAGAGGAAAGUGCUGGACGACUACCCGGGACCACCGACCAUCAUCAUUACAUCGGGACCCCUGUCGUCGGAGAUCACCGUCAUAUACAAUAUCCUGACACACACGGUUCGUCUGUACCACGUCAAGGGCUUGGAGAGCCGCGGCCUGUACGUGGAAAACGUCGUGGACUUUGACGUGCCACCGAAAAACCGCGAGACCGAGCUGUUUAUGCGACUGUCGACGGGCAUCACCAACGGCGAACCGCCAGUGAUCUACACUGACUCCAACGGUUUCCAGAUGCAAAAGCGAGUGACCGUCAAGCGCAUCGGCGUCGAAGGAAACUACUAUCCGGCCACGUCGGCCACGUACAUCGAGGACGACCGACACAGGCUGACGGUGCUCCUGAACCACGCGCAGGGCGUGACUGGAUGGGAACCGGGCCGCGUGGAACUCAUGCUGGACAGGCGGACGUUGUACGACGACUCGCGGGGCUUGGGAGAGGGUGUGGUGGACAACAAGCGGACGGUGACCAAAUACUGGAUACUGUUGGAGUCGCUGUCGUCGGACAGCGGUUCUUACAAGGACCAAGUGUCCAACCCCAGUUUAACGGCCAAUCACCUGUCCGAGGGUCUCCUUUACCCGGCCAACGUGUUCGUGGUGGACCCCGAGGCCGAGCAUUUGCUCAGGCCGAAAACCGCGGCGCUCAGCAAGUCGCUGCCGUGUGACGUGCACCUGAUGAACCUGCGCACCAUGUCCGACUCCGUGUUCCAGCAGUUCCCGUCGCAGUCGGCGCUCAUGAUUCUGCACCGGAAGGGAUUCGACUGUCGGACCGACCGAGGCGUCCGGAUCCCGGAUUGUUCGCUACGACACGACAAAGGCGCGUUCGACGAGGGCACCGCUUUCGUCGACCACAACGUCCGGCUGUCGCGAACCACUUUGACCGGAUUGCACGACAUGGGUGCCGUCGACCGCCUUGACCAAGUAGAGCUGGCCCCCAUGGAACUGACAGCAAUCAACGUUACCUUUGUCGGGUAGUGUGUCCCCCCCCCCUAAUACUCAUAUGUACAACGUGAUGUAAAGUAAAAUUACUUUGGUUGGUACUUACGUUGUUUCCGUUUCGGUGUAAAGCAGAGUAAACGACGUAUUCAGUUUCUAAGUGUGCUUCCUGUUUUGACGUUCUGUAAAUAUUAGGUAGUUGAAAAUUAUUGUUGUAUUAUAUAUAUAUUAUUAAUAUAAGAUUUGGUCGAGCGGUAAAAAAGUAUACUCCGAAUGCCUGCUCGUUGGACAAAUUAAAAAACAUAAAAACUUAUAAUCAAACAUGACACAGCAAAACCGUUAUUAAAUAUAUUUUUCGUACUUAAACCGUACGAAAUGUCAAUUAAAAUAAACGUCAUUCAUCGCGCGCUGUGUUGAACAUUUUUUUAUUAAUCAUUUUAUAACGUAUGUAAGGACUUAGUUUUAAAAAUGUUUGUGAAAAAAAAAUUAAUUUCUAGUCACAAAUUUUUAAUAGGAUUUGUAUUCUUUGUUUUUUUUUUUAACAUGUCACCAAAUUAUUCUUAUUUUGACUACUCAUUUACAUGUAAUCCUUGUUUCUUAGAUUUAUUGUGUUUUUAAGAUUUUCACCAAUAUUGAUUUUAAAAUUGUGAUCAUAAUAUACAAUUAUUAUUUUGACGCUUGUACAGGAUAGUGUAAGAAAGUAAACUGUAUCGGUUAUACUAUAAUUUUAACCAAUUACCUUUUGUGUUAAUAAGUAUAAUAUUAUUAUUAUAUAAAUUUGUUAAUUUAUUUUUUGUUAGUAGAAGUUGUGAUAAAAUUAAAUAAAUACG